GAAACCAGCGGGCAAGUCCACCUCGAGCAGAACAGCAGUUUCACUUUCCGUCUGCAGUGGUGCCAGUCAAAGCGGGGAGCUGGUGGUGCCCCAGGACAUUCGCACAGAAGUGCCUUCAGCUGUCAGUAAGUGAAGAUGGGCAUCUUUGGAUCUAAAGGCUGGAGAGAAGUGGACUGGAGUGAAAGCACCAGGAACAAGCUCCUCUCUGAAAUCAGGAAUUAUAAGACUGGUUUCUCCUCUGUGGAAAAGCCAAGGAUCUUACUGGUAGGACAGGUUGGAGCUGGAAAGUCGAGCUACUUCAACUCAGUGAAUUCUGCUUACAGAGGAAACACCAUCUUUCAGGCUGAUGUGGGACCAAGUAGCACCAGUGUCACCAAGCAUUACCGGGUCUACCCAGUGACGGAUGGAAAAAGUGGGAGGGAAUUGCCCUUCAUAUUCUGUGACACCAUGGGAAUGGAGACUGAAGCAGACAAAGGCAUUCAAGUGAAAGAGCUCAUCAAUUUGAUCAAAGGGCACAUCCCUCAGCGCUAUAAGUUUAAUCCUAUGGCGCCUUUAGAAGAACACGACCCUCGCUUCAAUGCUGCACCAAGUCUGCCUGAGAAGGUGCACUGCAUCGUCUUUGUGGUAGAUACAGCAAAGGCCUCCUCCCUUAGUGAGGAAGUGGUUAAGAAGAUAACAAAAGACAUCCGACCAGAAGCCGUUGAACUAGGUGUCCCCUUGCUCGUUCUGAUGACCAAGAUAGAUGAGGCCUCUAUGACAGUGAAGAGGAAUUUGAAAAAAGUAUACAACAGCAAGUACAUUGAAGAACAGGUGGAUAAGCUCUCCCAGAUUCUGGGCUUUGCCAAAUCUCGAUUCUUACUUGUUCAGAACUACAGUUCUGAAUUUGAGCUCGCUUUGGACAAGGACAUCCUGAUUCUGACAGCUCUGCGACAGAUACUGAGGGCGACAGAUGAAUACUUUGACGAAAUGAGGCAAAGAGGCAUCAACUCUUAAAUCUCUUAUGUACAGUAAAUGGAGAACAUCAGAUUAUAGCUAUACUAUAACUGUGUGAUUGUAAAUUUGGAAAAUGUAUGGGAAAUGUAGGGAAGAAACAAGGUUAUUAUAGUUUUGUCUUUUUA